GGGAGGAAACGACUCUCUGCCACCUCUCUCUCCCUCGGAAACAGGAAGUAAGAAUGGCCUCUUCUCUUUCCUGUACAACACCAAGCCUAAUCCCUCUCUCCCUCCCUUUUAUCGACCGAACCAAAACCUGUACCUCUCUCCCCCCCAUCCACCCGCCUCACCUUCCCAAACCAUUAAUUCCUCGCGGUUCUCUCUGCGUAGCCCGGUUCGGUUUCAGACCGGGUCUCUUUCCUGACCCGGAUAACGCGGAGGCUGUAAUCAAGAACUUGUUUGGUAGAGCAGAGAAUAUUAUUUACACAAUUGCCGAUGCUGCCGUCUCUAAUCCCGAACAGGUCGUCGAUAGUAGCACCAAACAGAACAGUGAUUGGCUUUCUGGUAUUACUUCCUGUCUCGAGAGUACUUUAAAGGUCUUGAAAGAUGGGUUAUCUGCUUUGCAUGUACCGUAUGCUUAUGGUUUUGCUAUUAUACUCUUGACUGUUCUUGUCAAGGCUGCUACAUUUCCUUUGAAUAAGAAACAGGUGGAAUCUGCAAUGGCUAUGCGAUCUUUGCAACCGCAAAUUAAGGCUGUUCAACAACUCUAUGCUGGUGAUCAGGAGAGGAUUCAACUUGAGACUGCUCGGUUGUAUAAGCUAGCCGGCAUAAACCCACUAGCAGGAUGUCUCCCUACACUUGCCACAAUUCCAGUGUGGAUUGGACUCUAUAGAGCCCUUUCAAAUGUAGCAAAUGAGGGACUCCUCACAGAAGGCUUCUUUUGGAUACCUUCUCUGGCCGGUCCAACUACAAUUGCUGAGCGUCAAAAUGGCAGCGGAAUCUCUUGGCUUUUCCCUUUUGUAGAUGGACAGCCACCCCUUGGAUGGUCUGAUACUGUGGCAUAUCUUGUUUUGCCUGCCAUGUUGGUUGUCUUGCAAUACAUGUCCGUCCAAAUUAUGCAAUCAUCACAGAGCGAUGAUCCAAAUGUGAAGAAUUCUCAAGCAAUAACAAAGUUCCUUCCAUUAAUGAUUGGUUACUUUUCUCUUUCAGUUCCUUCUGGUCUAAGCCUUUAUUGGCUCACAAAUAACAUAUUAAGCACAAUACAACAGGUGUGGCUUCAAAAGUUAGGCGGUGCAAAAAAUCCUGUGACGAAGUUCAGUAAUGAUAUUGUUAAAGAGGACCAACUGCAGGUUCAGAAACCUAUCUCUGAAUUAAAUUCCAUACAAACUAAGACCAGGCAAGAAGAAAAGUUGACACCAGAAGGGUCGCGUCCUGGUGAAAGAUUCAAGCAAUUAAAGGAACAAGAGGCAAGGAGAAGGCAACAAAGAGAAGAAGAGGAGAGGACAGCCGAAGAGGCUGCAGGUAGAGGACGUCAAAUGGAAAAUAAUGAGCACGGCAGCAGUUCAUUUACCAGAGGAAAUGGAAACAGUCCAGUUGGUGCUGCUGUAAUUGAUGACGCAUCUACAGCAGCUAUUCAUGAUUCCUCUGCUCGUAGGGUUGUAAAUGGUGAUCUAUCUGGCCAGGACCAGAAGCAAGAUGGGGAAACAAAUUCCAUAGUAGAUCAAAGUGAAGUUUCCGCUCCUACUGAGGAUUAUCAAGCCAAAAGAGAGUGAUCGAAGAGAUGUUCAGUCAUGAUGGCAUUAUCUUAAUUUGAACAAGAUUGACAGGUAUAGUUCUUCACCUGUUAUGAUGAACACAGAGAACAGCUUGAUGCUGCUUCGAAGCUGCACAUCAACCAAAAGCGCCUUCACAUGCAUGUCGGUGAUGCAAAUCUAUUCCAUGCUCGUUGAGGUUCUCCAAGGCAUGUUAGUUGUACAGAAACGGUAUUGCAGUUGAAUAGCGAUACCAGCAAGAUGUAAGAUUCAUGGGCGGGAUCCGUAGCUGUGGCUGGUGUGAUGUAUGAGAGCUCUCUAUCAAUGUUCUGUCUUUCUUGAAUUUUCACAGCCGAUACGCUCUAUAUGGGCAACGAAACAGACUGUUUUGAAAAAGAAAAUAAAUAAUGAAUUGCAAGGGGUGAAUAGCA